GCCGUACCGUUCGUUUGUAUGCGGACCGAUUCUUAAAGAAAGUCUAAAAAACAUAUUUUGAAACGAGCGGUUUGGCCGCGCUGCUACGUACAAAUACUAAAAAAAUGUUCGAGUAAACAGCCGGCAUAAAAAAAACGAAAACAAUGAGUUACUAUUUGUUUUUAACGGUCAAAUAAAUCAAAGUUUUGCGGCAUGCGGCUUGUGGAUGUAAAUAAGUGUGGUGUACUUAUGCAGCGAAUUCUUAGCGCGCGAUGCGUUUCGAAAAAGUAAACAAAUAAAAUGCAUGUUUCAAUGGAAAUCUGAGUAAAAAUAAAAAAAUAGUUACCUGGCUUGUGAUUUCUUUUGCCACCCUCGGUUCGCGCGUGUGUUGGUGUGUGUGUGAGUGAGCGCAUCUGUGUGUGUGUUGCGUUGUUGUGUUUUUGUGUAAAAGGAAAACAAAACGGAAGGCUGAAACAACAGCGACAACAACAACAACAGCAAUACAGAGAAGAGUAGUGUGUGUGAGUGUCAGAGGAGAGCGGCCAGCGGCAAAAUGCCGGCGACAGCGAAUUCGAAUUCGUGGGUGUUGUUGCUGUUGUUGUUGGUCGCCGUGGAAAGAUGCAGCAGCAACAACAGCGGACCUCGCGCCAGCGGCAACGGCAGCCGCGGCAUUGGAUACGGGAAAAUCCAUCGGCAGGAGCAACAGGAGUUCCCCACUUUGCGUCCCCUAACAGACAAAGGGCCCUGUCCAGCGUCGCACUUCACAUGCAACGAUGGAUUCUGCAUACCGAUGCGAUGGAAAUGCGACUCCAAGGCCGAUUGUCCGGACAUGUCCGAUGAGGGCAUCGAGUGCGCCGGAGCGCCCAACUGCAACGAGGGGCAGACUCGGUGCGAGGUUAGCCGCCACUGCAUCCCAAACAAUUGGGUCUGCGAUGGAGAGUUCGACUGCGGCAAGGGCGACACAUCCGACGAACUGCACUGUCCGAAGGGUGAUACGCCCAAGUGCCGCGCCUUCGAGGCCCAAUGCCUCAAUGGCGACUGCCUGGAGUUGUCCCGCUUCUGCGAUGGCCGCUGGGACUGUGAUAACGAUGAGCUGCAAUGUGAUAAACAGGACUCUGCCUGUGCCGCGCUUAACUGCAGCUACAACUGCAAACUGACCCCCGAGGGGGCACGCUGCUACUGCCCCAAGGGUCAGGUGCCCGAGUCAUCGAACUCCACCCGCUGCGUGGACUACGACGAGUGCUCCGAGCCAGGCACCUGUGACCAGGUGUGUCGCAAUACGCCUGGCUCCUACGAGUGCUCCUGCGUCUCUGGCUAUGCGAAGACCAAGGGAAGUCGCUGCCGGGCAAUCAAUGUGCCACCAACGGAGUCGGCAACGCUGACUUUCCUUUCGCAGGACGGCAUACGGCGGAUUGGAACCAAUGGCGAAGUCAUCGGACCCAUGGGUGGCAAGGAUAAUGAUAAAGCUGUUGUAGAUAAGGAUGACAACAGCAGCGAGGAGCAACUGCUGUUCACGCAACCCGAGCGCUUCGCCCACGCCUUCGAGGUGUGGCAUCGGAAUCGAACCCUCUGCUCCCUGCACUUCAGCUGGAAUGAACUGCAAAUGCGGUGCCAGCGCAUCGAUGACGCCGGGGUCAACUGGACGCUGCCCUUCUCCUCGUUCGUCUCGCCGCAGCAAUUUUUUACAGAGCUUCAUCUGGACUGGCUGUCGGGUAACUGGUAUUUGGUGGGCGAGGACGACGGCCUGGUCCAUCUGUGCACGAACACGAUGGCCCACUGUCGUGUUAUAUUUCAGAAGAUAGAUCCAUUGUCAUCCCUAGCGCUGGACCCCACCAAGGGCUAUAUGUUUUACACAGACUGGACGCCCAGUUUGUCGCGUUCCCUGCUCGACGGCAGUAGUCGCACUGUUUUGGUCACCGAGCAAGUUUAUCACCCGAGCAGUGUCACCUUGGACCUGGCAAAUGAGUUAGUGUAUUGGAUUGAUAUUUACAAGGAUGAUGUUGAGCGUGUUAAUUACGAGGGGCAAGACCGUUGGACCCUCAAAAGGUCACCAGAUUCCCCAGUGUCAUUGAAAACGAUUCAUGCCGUGGAGGUCUUUGAGAACACAAUUUAUUUAGCUGCCUGGACGGACAAGAGUAUUGUUGCCCUCGACAAAUUCUCGAUGAAGGCCCGCGUCCUCCAUUCAAAUGUAACCCGUGGAACAAAUUUAAGAAUUUUCCACCGCCAAAAGCAGCCCGAGGUGGCGCAUCCAUGUCGGGAUAACAACGCCGGUUGCAACCAGAUCUGUGUGCCACAAUGGACGAAAGGUUUUGCCAGCGCCAAGUGCUUGUGCACCGCCGGCUAUAAAUUGCACAAUCAGACGACCUGUCUGCUCUCUGCCCUCGACAAGUUUCUGGUGUACAGUGAUAAGCCUCUGGCUAGGAUUAGCGGGAUACCGCUGGACACCGAGCAAGUGCAGCAGCUGAAGGAGAUUGGCGAACAACCGGAUGUAAUGGUGCCGGUUUACAAUGUCUCCAAACCGCUAGCCAUCGAUGUAAAUGUUCGGGGCAAGGCGGUGUUCUAUGCGGUAGCAGACUCGGGGUCUGCUGGCUUUGUAAACGAACUAUCGUGCAGCAUCCGGAGUCAGUCGCUCAAUGGCAGUGUCUCCCGACUGCUGGCACAGGGACUGAGAAAGGUGAACGCUAUGGCCUUCGAUUGGAUCAACGAUCACCUGUACUGGUCCAGCCAUAAAACCAUACAGGUUGCUCCAUUGAAGAAUUUAAGCAAGGUGCUGACCUUCAACUCUGACUGUGAUGUCAUGUCCCUGGAACUAGAUCCGACGACAGGGCUGCUCUACUGGGCGCAAUGGGAGUCACAAUCCUGCGAGGCUGGCAUUUACAGUGCAUGGAUGGAUGGCACGCACAAGGAGCUGCUGGCCAAGGCAACCACCGCGAUGCCAAUGGAAUUUCCACGCAGCUUGGAUGUGGAUAGUCGCUCCAAAGAGCUGUACUGGUGCGAUAUGCGUUUGGGCACCAUUGAGCACAUGAAGCUUGAUGGUACUGGACGAGAGGUGCUCUUCAAGUCGCAACUGUUUCAUCCAUACUCGAUAGUGCAUAAUAAUGGUCUUAUAUAUUGGGCGGACAACAAGAACUUCGCCAUCUGGCGAUUCCAUGCGCAUCAUGCCAACCUAUCGAGCACAACCAGUUCAACGGUGCAUUUAGAUAGAACUGGAAGAGCUGCUGAUCUGCGGAUCUUUGAUGUGGCCACCCAACCUCUUCCCCAAACACCCAGUGCCUGCGCCCAGUCCAAGUGUCCGGGAAUGUGCUUAAACACACCCAAAGGUGCUAUAUGCCGGUGUCCUGAUGGGUUUACCCUAAACGGCACUGGAAGCCAUUGCAUCCCCCAGUUGGCUCCAUCUCCCAUUCGUCCCAAUUGCACUUCCGGAUACAUGUGCCGGAGCACCCGACAAUGUAUCGAUAGCAAGGACAUGUGCGAUGGCUUCGAGGACUGUGAGGAUGGCAUCGACGAGAGCUCCGAUCUGAAGGGUCCUUGCAAUCCGAAUACCUGUGAUAAAACCCUUAACUUCGUUUGUAAUGGUCGCUGCUAUCAGCGAUCCCUGCUAUGCAGCACCAUUCCCUACUGCUCGGAUGGAACGGAUCACGCGAACUGCCAUCAGAACACCUGCAACAGCAACGAGUUCACCUGCCAGAAGAGCGGCCGCUGCAUCCAGUUGACUUGGGUUAAUGACGGAGUGGUUGAUUGUGGACCGGAUGAUGAUUCCGAUGAGACGUCAGAGACAAUAUUGGCCAGCAAGUGCCCGGAAUUUGAUUGUAACAACGGAAGGUGUCGCCAGUUUGCCGAAGUUUGCGAUGGCAUCGAUAACUGCGGAAACAACGCCGAUGAAAUAGAUUGUGAGCUGGAGUGCGGACCAGGCGAAAAGUACUGUCGCCCCAUUGGUUGCCAUGGUGAGAUGCACAUGUGCGAUGGCAUCAACGACUGUGAUGAUUUCAGUGACGAGGCUAACUGCAACCAGACCAAGAGCGACAACCAUCCGCAAACUGGAUGGAAAGAGCUGAGCGAAUGCGCGCCACUAGAGUUUGCCUGUUUGGAUCCAUUCGAAUGCAUUCCGGACUUUCUGCGCUGCGAUGGUAUUCCACAUUGUUUCGACAAGACAGAUGAGUUCAACUGCACGCACAUCAAUGCCACCCGGUUUGAUAUGAAUGAAACGGUGAUUUGUGAGCAUCCGGAUCGGCUGUGUGGCUUCACAAAGCAAUGUGUGACCGUCGAUCAGCUUUGUGAUGGAAAGAACGAUUGCGAGGACACCACGGAUGAGGGCUUCCUGUGUGCGGAUAAGCUGUGCGAUCGCGGGCAUGAGUGCUCACAUCGUUGCCACAAUACGCCAGAAGGAUAUAUCUGCUCCUGCCCUGAUCAUCUUUACCUGCAACCGAACGGAAAACGCUGCAGCAUGCAGCACGCCUGCGAUCACUGGGAUACUUGUUCCCAGGUGUGCGAAAGCAGCGGGAAGGGCUACGAUUGUCGUUGCUUGGAUGGAUUCGACCUGAGCUACGAUCGAUUCACCUGCAAAAGCACCGCUCCGGAUGAACCUUAUGUAAUCUUCACCAACAGACAGGAUAUUAAGGGUGUCAACCUGAAAAGCAUGAACGUGGCCAACUUCUACACCUCUAUUAGGAAUAUCAUCGCUCUGGAUUUCCUUUACAAUAAUGAAUCCAAUGUGGAGAUCUUCUGGACGGAUGUGAUCGACGACAAGAUCUAUAAGGGUCAGCUGGUGGGUGAAAGUCUGCGAAAUGUAGAAGCCGUUAUCCACUCUGGUCUCUCUACCACCGAGGGAUUGGCCGUAGAUUGGGUGGGCAAGAACCUAUACUGGAUUGACUCGAAUCUGGACCAGAUUGAGGUGGCCAAGUUGAAUGGCAGCUUUCGGCGAACGCUUAUCGCUGGGAACAUGGAGAGCCCAAGAGCCAUAGCCUUGGAUCCGAGGGAGGGCCUUCUCUUUUGGACGGACUGGGAUGAUAACUCGCCAAGGAUUGAGCGGGCCAGCAUGUCGGGAGAUGGAAGACGCAUGAUCUCCACCAGCUGGCAAUUAAGUGCUGGCUGGCCCAAUGGCUUAACUCUGGAUUACACUCAGAACAGAGUGUAUUGGGUGGAUGCCAAGUCGGACUCGAUCAGUAGCACCACAUACGAUGGAUCUGAGCAUCACGUAGUCCUGCGCAAUAAGGAAAUUCUUUCUCAUCCGUUUGCCAUUUCUGUGUUCGAGAACUAUGUGUACUGGACAGAUUGGCGAACCACAUCGGUUAUCAGGGCCAAUAAGUGGAACGGAAGCGAUGUCCAGGUGCUGCAACGCACCCAGUCCCAGCCUUUUGGCAUCCAAGUGAUGCACUCAAGUCGACAGCCUUGGGAUCGGAAUCCAUGCGGGGAAAACAAUGGAGGAUGUUCCCAUCUUUGUCUUUUGAGUGGGAGGGGAACCUUCAAGUGCGAGUGUCCACACAUGAUGCGCCUAGAUCCCACCGAUGAACGGAAUUGUGUGCCCAAUGAACAGGUUCUUCUCUUUGUCAUGGUGGAUGAAAUUCGCGGUAUUGAUCUUCAUCAGCCCGAUCACCACACGAUACCAACUAUUCGCCAGUCCCCAAAGUUGGUGGCGCCACAACGCAUAGACUUCUUGGUGGACGAAAAUCGCAUCUUCUGGUCAGACAUCCAGCAGAAUGAAAUCUCCAGUGCUGGCCUAUCGAAUGGCCUUAUUGAGCCCAUCAUCAACACCAACAUAGAGAAACCCUAUGGCUUUGCCCUUGACUGGAUUGCCCGUAACCUGUACUUCUCCUCGGGUCAAAUCAAGUGCAAUAUUUUGGCCAGUAAUCUCAAGGGAGAGUUUGUGACCAUCAUCCACGAGGAUCUGAAUAUGGUGGACAGCAUUGUCCUUGAUCCGGCUAAUGGAAAGAUGUACUGGAUACACUCGGCCUCCGAUGGAAGCAUGUCCCAGUUAGAGCAAUCCAAUCUUGAUGGUUCUGGUCGUUUGCUGAUCUAUCAGCACGAGGAUAAUCUCCAGAGUUUGACCAUGGACUUCGAUUCACAGCGACUAUACUAUGCUUACAAGAGCUCGGGCAUCGCCUAUUAUGACAUUCCAAGAAACGAGACGCAUAAGGUUCUGGUGGCCAGCUCAAUUACCUCGGUCAGUUCGCUGACUGUCUACAAUGGUACGCUAUAUUUCCCGGAGAAUAUUCAGAGCGUGAUCAUGCAAUGUGAGAAGGAAGCAUGCUCCAACAUGUCCUUCCUAAGGAUCAAUACGAAGAGCAUCCAGAGUAUGAAGAUGUUCUAUGCGGAUGCCCAGGUGGGUUCAAAUUCCUGUUCCAAGGGCGGUUUACGCGGUGGCUGUCAGCACCUUUGCUUGGCCACCUCGGACACGGAACAUGUCUGCCGCUGCGCCCUCGGUUACGAUGUGGAGCCAAACAAUCCAAAACGUUGUGUUCCGCGGGCGGAAUUCAUUUUCUACUCCAUCGAUGUUCUGCAGGGCAUGGAAAUGAUUGAUCCUUCGGAACAGUUCGAUACGCCUUCUCCGGCUUUGGUGCCCAUUUCUCGGGUAAGCUCGGCCAGCUUCAUCGAUUAUCUGGCCUCAACGGACACACUUUACUGGGCUGACACCGAACUGGGCAGCAUCUCGCGAGUGAAACGCGAUGGAACCCAGAGGGAGACCAUUCUCGAGGCCCUAAACCUCGUGGGAUACAAGCAGCAGGACUGGCUGGGAGGGAUUGCCAUCGAUUGGGUAGCUGGAAACAUCUACUGGAGUGACACAAAGAGAAAUAUCAUUGAAGUUUCUCGUCUGGAUGGCAGCCAUCGAUAUGUGGUGGUGUCCAAUUUGGAGAAACCUACAGCUCUAGCGGUGGAUCCAUUGCAAGGAUUACUUUUUUAUGUCACCCAACAGCACAUAGGGCGCGUUGGUCUGGAUGGCAGUCAACCAUUUGUGUUGGUCAAUCAAACGCGAGCCAACUGGGCAGUUGGUAAUCUAGUCCUGGACAUAGAAGCCACCAAGGUGUACUGGUGUGAGCGUUAUCCGGAUGCCCUGAUGAAGGUGGAUUACGAUGGAAACCUUAGGCAGCAAUUGCUGAAUGAAAGUCUCAACAAUCUUGUGGCUCUUGCCAAGAUGGGAGACUAUCUAUAUUGGGCAGAGAACAAGUAUACAGAGGGAAUUAUCAGAGUGGCCCCUCUGUCUAAUCUCAGCCAAUCCAAGGUGGUCAUCCAGACGGAACAAGAUGCCAUUAGGGAUCUAAAGAUCUACUCCAAACAUCUGCAGCGAGGAAGCAAUCCCUGUAUCCACAACAACGGUGACUGCGAGCAGCUCUGCCUGUUCAAUGGAACCAGUGCCAUCUGUGCCUGUGCCCACAGUCGCCUGGCUUCUGAUGGCAUCAGCUGUGAGCCAUACGAAAACUUCCUGCUGUUCAGCUAUCGAAGCAACAUUGAGAGCAUCCAUAUGACGGAUCAUGCCGAUAAGAACUGGCCUGUUAAAAUGAUUUCCAAUAGCAGCUUGAUGAGGAAUGUGAUCGCCAUCAGCUAUAACUACGAGGAGCAGUUGGUGUACUACUCGGAUGUUCAGCUGAGCACCAUUAAUCAGGUGCACUUUAAUGGUACUGGCCAGCGCGUCUUGCUAGGCCAACAGGAACGAAUUGAAGGGCUGGCCUACGAUAUUGUCAAUGAACAGCUCUUUUGGACCUCAAACAAUAAUGCAGCUAUUCGGAGCGUGGAGUUGCGGCAUCUCACCGACCAUCCAGAUCAGAACCAAAACCACGUGAAGAACGUUAUUAGUCUUCGGGAGAAGGACAAGCCGCGUGGCAUCGCAGUGGAGCCAUGUCUGGGCAUGAUUUACUGGACCAACUGGAACGAAGAGACGCCAUGCAUUCAGAGAUCAUACCUCACCGGAUACGGAACGGAGAUGAUUAUAAAAACUGAUAUCAAAAUGCCCAAUGCUCUGACCUUGGAUCUGGAGCAGCAGAAGCUAUACUGGGCUGAUGCAAGGCUGGACAAAAUCGAAAGGACCAACUACGAUGGCACCAACCGUGUAGUCUUGGCCCAUUCUACCCCUAAGCACGCUUUUGCAAUGGCUGUAUACGGGGAUUUGCUGUUCUGGACAGACUGGGUGCUCCAUGCUGUGGUCCGAGCGAAUAAGUACACUGGCACGGAUGUGCUCUUCCUACGGGAGCAUGUCACCCGACCCAUGGGCAUUGUGGCUGUGCAGAACAGUAGCAUAAACUGCGAUGCCAAUCAAUGCAAGAUCCUGAACGGACUGUGUGAGGAUGUAUGCAUCCUGAAUAAGAGCGGCCAGGCCACCUGUCAUUGUACCCAGGGCGUCCUGGCACCAGACGGUCGUCGCUGCAUUGCCCCCGUGAAUACGAGCUGUGGUACAUUGCAAUAUAAUUGCCAUUCCGGCGAAUGCAUCCCCAUGGAGCUAACCUGCGAUAAUGUUACCCACUGUGCGGACGGAUCGGACGAGUGGCGUAGCUACUGCAUCUUCCGCCAGUGUCCGGAUACGCACUUUAUGUGCCAGAACCAUCGAUGCAUACCCAAGGAACACAAGUGCGACGGAGUGCAGCAGUGUGGUGAUGGCAGCGAUGAAACCGCCUUGCUCUGCAAAUGCCAGCCGGAUCAGUUCCGCUGCGGAAGCGGAGAGUGCAUUCCGAGGAAGUUCCUCUGCGAUAACAUGAAGGAUUGCCGUGAUUUUAGCGACGAAAAGAUGUGUGCUCCCACGCCCUGUGAGGUGGGCGAUGUGACCUUCGUGCAUUGCGGCAACAGCACUAUGUGCAUCAUGCCAAGCUGGCGCUGUGAUGGUGAUCCAGACUGUCCAGACGGCACAGAUGAGUUGGACUGCGCUGAUCGUACCAAUGUUAGCUGUGAUGCCGGACAAUUCCGUUGUGCUUCCGGGAACUGUAUUGCCGAGUCCUGGCACUGCGAUGGUGAGAAAGAUUGCCCAGAUGGCAGCGAUGAACUUAACUGCCGCACCGAGUGCCGAGGCAAUCAGUUCGCUUGCGACAAAAUGUGUAUUCCAGCUAGUUGGCAGUGUGACGGGAAGAGUGACUGCGAAGAUGGCACGGAUGAAGGACCGCAGUGUCCGAGUCGACCUUGUAGACCACACCUGUUCCAAUGCAAGAACUCUGGACGCUGCAUUCCCCAGAAAUGGGUGUGUGACGGGGAAAAGGACUGCCCCACCGGAACCGAUGGUGAGGGCAGCGAGGACGAGGGACCCCAAUGUGGAAACGUGGCUCAUAUUCCGGACUGUCUACCACCUGCCCAUCUCUGCACCAGUGGUCUCUGCAUCGACUCUCAUUAUGUGUGCGAUGGAGAUGAGGACUGCCCCGGAGGGGAUGAUGAGUAUGAAGGCUGUGUGCCGGCCUAUCUGCCGCACUCUUGUCCAGGUGGACCGUUGAUGCACCAGUGCCAGGACGGGCAGUGCAUAUUCAAGAACCAGACCUGCGAUGGCAAACCGGAUUGCGGUGAUGGCUCCGACGAGGCAAGCAGCCUGUGUGCCCACACUCGGGGAUGCAAUGGCACCGAUGAUUUCCGCUGCAAGAACGGAGCCUGCAUCCAUGCUGAUUUGCUGUGUGAUCGGAGGAAUGAUUGCGCCGACUUCUCAGACGAAGAACUGUGCAAGGUUAACGAGUGUCUGAUCCCGGAUAUCUGCGAGCACGAGUGCGAGGAUAAGUUGGUUGGUUACCAAUGUCAUUGCCGGCCGGGCUACAAGGUCCUGCCCAAGAGUCCGCACCUCUGCACGGAUAUCGAUGAGUGUGAUGAGCAGCAACCGUGCUCUCAGACCUGUGUUAACACCUAUGGAUCUUACAAGUGUUUGUGUGCCAAGGGUUAUGCCCUGGUGGAUCAUCACACCUGCAAGGCCACCAGCAACGUGUCCAUGGAGCUAAUAUUUUCGAAUCGGUACUACAUCCGUCAAGUGGACAUGGCGGGCAAUGGCAGUAUUUUGAUUAAUGAGCUUUCCAAUGCCGUGGCUUUGGACUACGAUUGGGAUAGUCAGUGCCUCUACUGGUCUGAUGUAACCAGCACCGUUGGUACCAUCAAAAGACACUGUCCCAAAGAGAACAUAACGCAAACCUUGCACCAGGCAAUGCUUAAGAAUCCAGAUGGCCUGGCCGUCGAUUGGGUUGCCAAAAACUUGUACUGGUGUGACAAGGGAUUGGAUACGAUAGAGGUUUCUCAGCUUGAUGGAAAGUACAGGAAGGUUUUGAUCAACGAGUACCUGCGGGAACCUCGUGGCAUUGCUCUGCAUCCGUAUCAACGACACAUUUUCUGGUCGGACUGGGGCGACAGUCCGCACAUUGGCAAGGCUGGCAUGGAUGGCUCGAAUCCAAAGAUGAUUAUACGCGACGGCUUGGGUUGGCCUAACGCUUUGACCAUUAGUUUUGAGACGCAGCAGCUGUUCUGGGGCGAUGCCAGAGAGGACACGAUCUCAGUGAGUGAUUUGGAUGGCAAUCACACGCGUUUGCUGCUGGCCAGGAGUAUCAAUCCGCUGUUGAAUCUGCAUCACAUCUUUGCCAUCGCCGUAUGGGAGGGUCGGAUUUACUGGUCCGAUUGGGAAACCAAGUCCAUUGAGUACUGCAGUAUCUAUAAUGGUCAAAACUGCACCACUUUGAUAACAACGAUCCAUCGACCGAUGGACCUGCGGGUCUUCCAUCCCUACAGACAGCAACAGCCGAUAAGUGGAAAUCCAUGCCUGGCGGCCAACUGUUCUACGUUGUGUGUCCUAUCGCCAGAGGAACCAUACUACAAGUGCUUGUGCCCCACAAACUUUGUCCUGGACGAAGAUGGACGCACUUGUCGGGCUAAUUGUACGGCUGCCCAUUUCGAGUGCGUCAACACGUACAAGUGCAUUCCGUUCUAUUGGCGUUGUGAUACCCAGGAUGAUUGCGGAGAUGGCAGCGACGAGCCAGAGACCUGUCCACCCUUCCACUGCGAACCGGGUCAAUACCAGUGUGCCAACAAAAAGUGCACCCACCCGUCGAACCUCUGCGAUGGCAUUAACCACUGUGGCGAUAGUUCCGAUGAACUCAACUGCGACAAGUUCACCUGUUUCGAUACCCAUAUGAAGUGUGGAGCUACCGCCAAUUCGAGUGCUUUCUGCGUGGAUAAUGUUAAACGAUGUGAUGGAGUUAAGGACUGUCCGGGUGGAGAGGACGAGUCCGCGUGCACGCCGCUCGUCUGCAAAAAGGAUCAGUUCCAGUGCGGUAACAACCGAUGCGUGCCCUACGUCUGGGUGUGCGAUGGCGACGCCGACUGUCAGGACAAGUCCGAUGAGGCCAACUGUGAUAAUAACUCUUGCGGACCCAAUGACUUCCAAUGCGAUUCGGGUCGAUGCAUUCCUCUCGCUUGGCGCUGCGACGACGACCACGAUUGUCCCAAUGGCGAGGACGAACCAGCUAGCUGUUUCACCUCCAAGGCCACCUGUGAUCCCACCUACUUUAAGUGCAACAAUUCCAAGUGCAUCCCCGGCCGCUGGCGCUGCGACUAUGAAAACGACUGUGGCGAUGGCAGUGACGAGCUGAACUGCCAAAUGCGAAACUGUUCGGAGAGCGAGUUCCGCUGCGGAACAGGCAAGUGCAUCAAGCACAACUACCGAUGCGAUGGAGAGAUCCAUUGCGACGACAACAGCGACGAGAUCAACUGCAACAUCACCUGCAAGGAGAAUCAGUUCAAGUGCGCCGCCUUCAACACCUGCAUUAACAAGCAAUACAAAUGCGAUGGCGACGAUGACUGCCCGGAUGGUUCCGACGAAGUUAACUGCACCUGCCACUCGGAUCAUUUCAGCUGCGGCAACGGAAAAUGCAUCAUGUCCCGCUGGAAGUGCGAUGGCUGGGACGACUGCUUGGAUGGCAGUGACGAGAGCUUGGAAACCUGUGCCAAAACCCACUGCCACGCCAACGCUUUCAAGUGUCGCAAUCAGCUAUGCGUUCGGAACUCAGCCCUCUGCGAUGGAGUCAAUGAUUGCGGGGAAAACGAAGAUGAAUCCGAUGCGGUGUGUGCGGCUCUGCCCAAGUGCCGACAUGAUCAGUUCCAGUGCGAGAACGAUGACUGCAUCUCGAAGGCCUAUCGUUGCGACGGGCAGUACAACUGCAUCGACGGAUCCGACGAAAUGAAUUGCCAGCCACCGGUUUGCGGAUUUGGAAGCUGUUCGCAGAUCUGCAUAGAAAAGAAGGCGGGACACUACAACUGCAAGUGUGCUGAUGGCUAUCACAAAGGGCCGGAGAAGAAUGCCACCUGCCUGGCAUCCGGACCGGAUCAGAUUCUAUUACUAGCCUCGGAGCAGGAGUUCCGAUUCAUUCUGCCUGCCAAGCAGGAGGGCACCACUGUGGUGGGCUUCUUCCAGACGGAUAGCCUUAAGAUCGAUGUGUUUGAUAUACUGAUCAGGCCUAAGGAUACGCUGCUCUUCUGGAUUGACUCGCACCACGGCAAGGUUCACACAAUGAAGAUAGCCACUCCGCAUGUGGAGGGAACGGGAGUAAGGGUCCGUCGUGAUCUCAAGGAACUGACUGCAUUUAAUAUUCCUGAAUUGGACGAUCCGAAGUCCUUAGCCGUGGACUGGAUCUCCCAGCGUGUUUACAUUAUUGAUUCCCGACAUAACCAGAUUCUGGCCACCGAUAUUGAGGGUAAAAAGUAUAUUUCUCUCGUCUCAACUGGCAUGAAUCCCACAGAUAUUGUCCUGGAGCCCGAAUCGCGGAUUAUGAUCUGGUCCACGCUGGAGAACGGCAUCUUGGUUGCCUCCUUGGACGGCAGCAACAAGAAGAGCUUGGUAGAGCGCGACGUAGGCUGGCCAAUCAGCUUGUCUAUGGACUAUCCGACAGGUCGUUUGUACUGGGCGGAUUAUCGCAAGGGAACGAUUGAAACAUGUCGCCUCAAUGGCAAAGAUCGUAAUGUGGUGCGCCGUUUUGGAAACCGAGAGAAGCCGCAGAAGAUCGACGUGUUUGAGGAUUACCUGUACAUCAAGCUCUAUGAUCAAAGCAUCAUCAAGAUGAACAAGUUUGGCAACGACAAUGGCACAUACUUGCUGAAGGGCUAUCGCUCAUCUGAUAUUGGCAUUCUGCACCCAAUGAAACAAAACCGGAAUAUAAGCAAUCCCUGCUCCAAGGAACCCUGCAAAUCCUCUCGCGCCCUAUGCAUUCUCUCAUCGGAGUCCCCCACUGGCUACAGUUGCAAGUGCCCCGAAGGCUAUGUGAUGACCAAUGAUGAGGUUUGCAAGGCGCAUGCGGAUAUCCCUGACUACUGUCCACUGCAGUGCAACCUGGGCACUUGCAAGAUCGUUGACCACGUGCCCAAGUGCAUUUGCCAGCCUCAGUUUGAGGGAGAGCUAUGCGAGCAUUACCGCUGCUCCGGCUAUUGCCAGAACUACGGAGUGUGCUCCGUUGCGCCACAGAUGCCGGGAUCACAAGAACCGCCGCCACUAAAGUGCACCUGUACGGCGGGCUGGUCGGGAGCACGUUGCGAGACCUCCAUGCCUGCUUGCCAGAGCCGUUGCCACAAUGGAGGAUCGUGUCUGCUCUCCGAAACCGAAGGAAUGAAGUGCAACUGCCCGCCAAUGUUCAUUGGCGAUCAAUGCGAGCAUUGUAAAAGCCUUACCUGUGAGAAUGGAGGUAUCUGCCGGGAAACCCUAACAGGAAACCCACAAUGCGAGUGCCCUGAUGGCUUUACCGGAAAGAGAUGCGAAAUCGACGAGUGCGCCGACUUUUGCAAGAACGGUGGAUCCUGUAUCAUCGGAACCAAGGGCCAGCGGCAGUGCAAAUGCUCCAGUGGCUAUUUCGGAGAACACUGUGAGUCCAGUUCGUGCCGGGACUUCUGCCAGAAUGGAGGAACCUGCUCGGAGCGUGGUGGUCGCCAUACCUGCACCUGUCCACAGCGGUACAUUGGUGAGAGCUGUGAGUCGGAUCUGUGCAAGACCUCGAGACCGCCGCACUUCUGUGAUAAUACCAUUGUACCCACAAGGGAUCCCUGCACGUUGAUAAUCUGCCAGAAUGGCGGUAGAUGCCAUAUGAUCAAGGGAGUGGCGCUAUGCAAUUGCACGGAUCAGUGGAAUGGAGAUUUCUGCACCAUGCCUGUUUCCGAUGACAAUCCCUGCGUUCGAUAUUGUGCAAAUGGUGGUGUCUGCCACUUGGAUGAGUAUACCCAGCCCCAUUGUAGCUGCAUCGGUGAAUGGCAGGGAAAUGCCUGUGAAAUGCCGCCUCCUUGUGUCGGUGGCGUGUGUAAUGUUUGUCGACCGGGCAGCUUCAUCAAUGAGUGCCUGUGUGAAAACGAUAGAGUAGUGCCGUGUCUGGCGGACAGUGCCGAUGCCCUGAAGGGCGAUCAGGAAACGACGGAAACUGGCGGAGUGUUCUCCGUGUUGGCCAUUAUUCUGGCUGUGAGUCUAUUGGUGGUAGCCCUAUUCGGUGGUGCUCUUUACUUCCUUAAAAAACAUCGUAUAGCUCAGCCAUUCUCACAUGCUCGACUGUCAGACAAUGUGGAGAUUAUGCUCACCAAUGCCAUGUAUCGAGGGGAUGCAGAUGAAGCGCCCACAUUUGCCAGUGAGGAUGACAAGUUUAUUUUGCAGGGAAACUUUGCCAAUCCUGUGUACGAAUCGAUGUACGCCGAUGCCAUUCCAGAGCCCGUCAGCACAGAAAUAACGCAUAGCACGGGUACAGAUGAGCGGAAGGGUCUGCUACAGCACACGCAUGACGAGAAUCACACACCGGAUAUCCUUUGAUGAUUGACCCGCUGCGACCGGGAACUGUGCUAGGCGCAGUCGGCCACGGAGACGUCCAACAUCCCAACAACAACAACACUCAAUAACGAUUUGAACUCGAACAAUGGACUGAUAGCUUAGCCAUAUAACGAACUUUUGUGAACGUUUUGUGUACAUUUUGUUUCCUUCUAUUAAUUUUUGAUAUUAUUUUAAUUUGUUGGCCUAAACUUGGCCCUCAUCCAAAGAGCUCUAACUGGGUUAGCUUUGCUACCUUUGUUAUAACCCUAAUGAUGUCCUUAUAACUUAUAACCGGGAAGUCUUCUUGUCAUUUGUUUAGACGUCGUUUUACAAGCAAUGCGCCUUUUGAUAAAUGAAUUUUUAAUAUACGUGAAUCUGUGUAUAUCCGAAACGUUUUGUGGAUCUGUAAAUUUAGUAGUUGAUAGAUUUAGUUAAAGCUCGCGAGCUAAAGAGAGAGAGAGAGAGAACGUUGUACAUAUUUUAUAAAUUUAUUGCCCACAAGCAGCCUAGUUAACAUUUAAACGAAUACAAAAAAGAAAACCAUUCGAUCAGUCACUAACAAUUUGCCAAUUAGUGAAUGCGAGCAAAAUCGAAUUCGUCUCCUGAGAUUGACCAAAUAUGCAUUUAAAUUAAUUUAGUCUUCGAAAUGCCAGGACGAACCAGAGCCAGCACAAACAGAAUGAUUAUAAAUUAACGAACAAAUUGCUUAGGAAUAAUUGCAUCACCACAUAACUUUACACAAUUAGAAUACUUAUGACUACAUAUAUGUAAGUGUAGCAUCAUUUAGUUGCACGAUUUUCAAAUCAAUCGACCUACAAUCUAAAGAGAUUUUCCUGUAUAAAAUAAUGCUCAGAUAAAAGCCAAAUUUUAAAAACUAUACAAUGUAAAAAAUGAUAUUUAUAAUGAUGUAUGUAAUUAAUUAAGCGAUGUGCGAAUCGGAAACUAACGCACAACAGAUAACGCACUGUAAAAAUAUAAUAAAUAUGCAUUAAUUCGCAAAUAAAAAGA